AUGGAGCCAUCCCCAGUGGACCAGCACUGCUUUACUCCCUGCACAAACAUAUUGGGUUGUCUAUUUCACCACGCUUCUCUCCCCCGCGUGGGGGCUCUCUCUCUCUCCCUCCUCUCCCUCUGCGAAGAAGGAGAGCUUCUAGGAGCUCUCUUCUCUCUCGCCGCUCCUCUCUCUCUCCCUCUCUCCUCUUCUCCUCUCCGUCUCCUCCCCUCCUCUCUCUCCGCCUCCUCCUUCUCCUCUCCCUAUCCUCUCCUCUCCUCUCCUCUCCUCUCCUAUCCUCUCUCUCCUCUCCUCUCCUCUCCUCUCUCUCUCUCUCUCCUCUCUCUCUCUCUCUAUUCUCUUUAACCCUCGCUCUUACUUUUGCUCUCAUGUUUGACUCUAUUCUUUCUCUCUUUCUCUCUCUUUCUAUCUCUCUGAAGUGAAACAGCAACAGACAAAUUAUACAUUUUUUAAUGGGAUGGUUUUCUGAGAGCUGAUCGUUUAAAGGAAUGGAGAAAAAUAAGACUAACAUAUUUGCAAAAGGGUUUUCUAAUGAUCAAUUAGCCUUUUAAAAUAAUAAACUUAGAUUAGCAAACACAAUGUGCCAUUGGAACACAGGACUGAUGGUUGCUGAUAAUGGGCCUCUGUACGCCUAUGUAGAUAUUCCAUAAAAAAUCAGCAGUUUCCAGCUACGAUAGCCAUUUACAACAUUAACAUUGUCUAUACUCUAUUUAUGAUCAAUUUGAUGUUAUUUUAAUGGACAAAAAAAGUGCUUUUCUUUCGAAAACAAGGACAUUUCUAAGUGACCCCAAACUGUUGAACGGUAGUGUAGAUGUACUGAAGGACAGACACUUCAAAACCUUAUAUACUUUUUUGACUGUCUUUUUUGUCAUUUAUGAAUGUGUUAUUCAAUGCGUUUCUAUGGGCAAAAGGCCAAAAUCAAUAUUUUAUCAAAUUAUAUUAUUAUAAUUUUUCUGAUACCUAAAAGGGUCCUACAAUUUAAAAUCAAAUAGCUAAAUGAUCCAUGGUAUGACCGCUUUAAAACAAUGAUAUAUGUCAAUCCCCCCUCCCCCCCGUGAUUAUGAAUUAAAUGCCAUCUUUUGCUGAAGAUAUACUAUAACAUUUCUUCAAUCUUUUUAUAUUGAAAUAUCUAUCACUUUCUAUCACUAGCUACAUGAUUAUCUAGCUACCAGCUCACAUUGAAAAAUGUCUGUCUUCCAACGGCAUUUAUCCAGAUUACAGAUUCCCUUCACUGAUAUGUUCCUGUGUGUGUGUGUGUGUGUGUGUGUGUGUGUGUGUGUGUGUGUGUGUGUGUGUGUGUGUGUGUGUGUGUGUGUGUGUGUGUGGGUGUGUGUGUGUGUAUGUGUGUGUGUGUGUGUGUGUGUGUGUGUGUGUGUGUGUGUGUGUGUGUGUGUGUGUGUGUGUGUGUGUGUGUGUGUGUGUGUGUGUGGUGUGUCUGUAGACCAUCGGGCCUAAGGAGGGUUGGCAGGUGUACAGCUCAGCCCAGGAUACUGACGGGCGGUGUAUUUGCACGGUGGUGGCUCCUGAACAGAACCUCUGCUCCAGAGACGCGAAGGGAAGACAGCUCCGCCAGCUACUGGAGAAGGUACCAAACCAACACAUACAGUACAUCUCUCUAUCAGGGCCGGUUCCGCCCCAACUCAGUCAGGGUCUCUAUUUACUGUUGAGCGUUAGGUGCAAUUUCAAAAUGUUAGUGUGCAUCAGCAAUUUUUCUCUUGACGGUCACUGUUUGGACCAUGAUAGUUUGUUACUGAUGUGGACGCCAAGGAACUUGAAGCUUUCGACCCGCUCCACUACAGCCCCCUCGAUGUGAAUUGGUGAGUGCUCGGCCCCCCAUUUCCUGUAGACCACAAUCAGCUCUUUUGUCUUGAUCACAUUGAGGGAGAGGUUGUUGUCCUGGCACCACAAUGAUAGGUCUCUGACCUCCUCCCUGUAGGCUGCCUCAUCGUUGUCGGUGAUCAGGCCUACCACCGUUGUGUCGUUGGCAAACUUAAUGAUGGUAUUGAAGUCGUGCGUGGCCACGCAGUCGUGGGUGAACAGGGAGUACAGUAGGGGACUGAGCACACAACCCUGAGGGGCCCCCGUGUUGAGGAUCAGUGUGGCAGAUGUGUUGUUACCUACCCUUACCACCUGGGGGCGGCCCGUCAGGAAGUCCAGGAUCCAGUUGCAGGGUGAGGUGUUUAGUCCCAGGGUCCUUAGCUUAGUGAUGAGCUUGGAGGGCACUGUGGUGUUGAACGCUGAGCUGUAGUCAACGAACAGCAUUCCUACGUACACCCCUCACAUUUUUGUCAAUAUUUGAGUAUAUAUUUUCAUGUGACAACACUGAAGAAAUGAAACUUUGCUACAAUGUAGAGUAGUGAAUGUACAGCUUGUAUAACAGUGUACAUUUGCUGUCCCCUCAAAAUAACACAACACACAGCCAUUAAUGUCUAAAUCGCUGGCAACAAAAGUGAGUACACCCCUAAGUGAAAAUGUCCAAAUUGGGCCCGAAGUGUCAAUAUUUUUUGUGGCCACCAUCAUUUUCCAACACUGCCUUAACCCUCUUGGGCAUGGAGUUCACCAGAGCUUCACAGGUUGCCACUGGAGUCCUCUUCCACUCCUCCAUGACGACAUGACAGAGCUGGUGGAUGUUAGAGUCCUUGCACUACUCCACCUUCCGUUUGAGGAUGCCCCACAGAUGCUCAAUAGGGUUUAGGUCUGGAGACAUGCUUGGCCAGUCCAUCACCUUUACCCUCAGCUUCUUUAGCAAGGCAGUGGUCGUCUUGGAGGUGUGUUUGGGGUCGUUAUCAUGCCCUGCGGUCCAGUCUCCAAAGGGAGGGGAUCAUGCUCUGCUUCAGUAUGUCACAGUACAUGUUGGCAUUCAUGGUUCCCUCAAUGAACUGUAGCUCCCCAGUGCCCCCAGCACUCAUGCAGCCCCAGACCCUGACACUCCCACCACCAUGCUUGACUGUAGGCAAGACACACUUGUCUUUGUACUCCUCACCUGGUUGCCGCCACACACGCUUGACACCAUCUGAACCAAAUAAGUUUAUCUUCAGGUCUCAUCAGACCACAGUACAUGGUUCCAGUAAUCCAUGUCUUUAGUCUGCUUGUCUGCAGCAAACUGUUUGCAGGCUUUCUUGUGCAUCAUAUUUAGAAGAGGCUUCUUUCUGGGACGACAGCCAUGCAGACCAAUUUGAUGCAGUGUGCGGCGUAUGGUCUGAGCACUGACAGGCUGACCCCCCCACCCCUUCAACCGCUGCAGCAAUGCUGGCAGCACUCAUACAUCUAUUUCCCAAAGACAACCUCUGGAUAUUACGCUGAGCACAUUCACUCAACUUCUUUGGUCAACCAUGGCGAGGCCUGUUCUGAGUGGAACCUGUCCUGUUAAACCGCUGUAUGGUCUUGGCCACACAUUUUCUAUAGGAUUGAGGUCAGGGCUUUGUGAUGGCCACUCCAAUACCUUGACUUUGUUGUCCUUAAGCCAUUUUGCCACAACUUUGGAAGUAUGCUUGGGGUCAUUGUCUAUUUGGAAGACCCUUUUGCGACCAAGCUUUAACUUCAUGACUGAUGUCUUGAGAUGUUGCUCCAAUAUAUCCACAUCAUUUUCCUUCUUCAUGAUGCUAUCUAUUUUGUGAAGUGCACCAGUCCCUCCUGCAGCAAAGCACCCCCACAGCAUGAUGCUGCCACCCCCGUGCUUCACGGUUGGGAUGGUGUUCGUCGGCUUGCAAGCCGUCCCCUUUUCCUCCAAACAUAACGAUGGUCAUUAUGGCCAAACAGUUCUAUUUUUGUUUCAUCAGACCAGAGGACAUUUCUCCAAAAAGUACGAACUUCGUCCCCAUGUGCAGUUGCAAACCGUAGUCUGGCUUUUUUAUGGCGGUUUUGGAGCAGUGGCUUCUUCCUUGCUGAGCAGCCUUUCAGGUUAUGUCGAUAUAGGACUUGUUUUACUGUGGAUAUAGAUACUUUUGUACCUGUUUCCUCCAGCAUCUUCACAUGGUCCUUUGCUGUUGUUCUGGGAUUGAUUUGCACUUUUCGCACCAAAGUACGUUCAUCUCUAGGAGACAGAACGCAUCUCCUUCCUGAGUGGUAUGAUGGCUGCGUGGUCCCAUGAUGUUUAUACUUGCGUACUAUUGUUUGUACAGAUGAACGUGGUACCUUCAGGCAUUUGGAAAUUGCUCCCAAGGAUGAACCAGGUGUGUGGAGGUCUACCAUUUGUUUCUGAGGUUUUGACUGACUUUCUUUUGAUUUUCCCAUGAUGUCAAGCAAAGAGGCACUGAGUUUGAAGGUAGGCCUUGAAAUACAUCCACAGGUACACCUCCAAUUGACUCAAAUGAUGUCAAUUAGCCUAUCAGAAGCUUCUAAAGCCAUGACAUCAUUUUCUGAAAUUUUCCAAGCUAUUUAAAGGCACAGUCAAUUUUGUGUAUGUAAACUUCUGACCCACUGGAAUUGUGAUACAGUGAAUUAUAAGUGAAAUAAUCUGUCUGUAAACAAUUGUUGGAAAUAUUACUUGUGUCAUGCACAAAGUAGAUGUCCUAACCGACUUGCCGGAACAUAUUCCAGUCUGUGCUAGCAAAACACUCCUGUAGCUUAGCAUCCAUGUCAUCUGACCACUUCCGUAUUGAGCGAGUCACUGGUACUUCCUGCUUGAGUUUUUGCUUUUAAGCCGGAAUCAGGAGGAUAGAAUUAUGGUCAGAUUUGCCAAAUGGAGGGCGAGGGAGUGCUUUGUAUGCGUCUCUGUGUGUGGAGUAAAGGUGGUCUAGAGUUUUUUUUUUUCCCUCUGGUUGCAGAUAGAAAUUAAUUCAAGCGGUAUUAAGUUUUCCUGCAUUAAAGUCCUCGGGCCACUAGGAGCGCCGCUUCUGGAUGAGCAUUUUCUUGUUUGCUUAUGGCCUUAUACAGCUCGUUGAGUGUGGCGUUACUGCCUGCAUCGUUUUGUGGUGGUAAAUAGACAGCUACGAAAAAAUAUAGAUGAAAACUCUCUCGGCAAAUAGUGUGGUCUACAGCUUAUCAUGAGGUACUCUACCUCAGGUGAGCAAAACCUCAAGAAUUUUAGAGAUCGCGCACCAGCUGUUGUUGACCAAUAGACACAGACCACCACCCCUCGUCUUAUCGGAGGUUGCUGUUCUGUCUUGCCGAUGCACGGAAAACCCAGCCAACUGUAUAUUAUCGAUGUCCUCGUUCAGCCACGACUCGGUGAAACAUAAGAUCUUACAGUUUUCAAUGUCCCGUUGGUAGGAUAGUCUGGAACGGAGCUCAUCCAGUUUAUUUUCCAGUGAUUGUAUGUUCGCCUGUAGGAUGGAUGGUAAAUGCGGAUUAUCCACUCGCCAACGAAAUUCUCACCAAGCACACGGAUCUGCGCCCCCUGUAUUGACGUCUCCUCUUCACGCGAAUGACAGGGAUUUGGGCCUGGUCCGGGAGGAGUCGUAAAUCUUUCACCUACCAUAGAAUCAACACAACACCUACCAUAGAAUCAACACAACACCUACCAUAGAAUCACCUAGAAGUAAUGUAACAGCCCUCGGCAACAUCUUAGCAACACCUGUUGUGGAAGUGUUAAAAGUCACAGUUCAUUUCAAAGGGAGUCUUAUCUAUUCACAUUGGCGUCUUAGCAACACCUGUUGUGGAAGUGUUAAAAGUCACAGUUAAUUUCAAAGGGAGUCUUAUCUAUUCACAUUGGCGUCUUAGCAACACCUGUUGUGGAAGUGUUAAAAGUCACAGUUCAUUUCAAAGGGAGUCUUAUCUAUUCACAUUGGCGUCUUAGCAACACCUGUUGUGGAAGUGUUAAAAGUCACAGUUCAUUUCAAAGGGAGUCUUAUCUAUUCACAUUGAAAGAUCCCUGAUAUAAGAUGCUGUGUGUAUUAGGUUCUGAAACUCGGUGUACUGUACACAAUCAUUUUCUCCAUUCUGAGGUGAUCUAUCGUACACAUUAUUGUACCUCUGCGAUGUCAGAGCAUAAGUAGAGUGAUUAAAGGCUAAGUCGUUCACGCCUGUGUGUGUGAUGAAUUGUUAAUCAUAUGGGAGGGGAAGCGCAUCUUAUUAUCAAUAUCCAGAUGUAUGCAUCAUCUUGUGUCUGUUAUAGUCUGUUAAGGAGCAUUGUGUUGUUCGCUUGUGAUUCAUGUCUUUUUUUUUUUUUCAUAAACACAAGAAAACACAUAAACACAACAAAAGUAAGGAUCACGUCUCAAAUCAUGUUAUUGUUUUUUAAACAUCCAUUUCAGAUUAGGGCGGCAGGUAGCUUAGUGGGUAAGAGCGUUGUGCCAGUAACCGAAAGGUUGCUGGUUCUAAUCCCUGAGCCGACUAGGUGAAAAAUCUGCCGAUGUGCCCUUGAGCAAGGCACUUAACCCUAAUUGCUCCUGUAAGUCGCUCUGGAUAAGAGCGUCUGCUAAAUGACAAAAAAAAAAAAAAAAAAAAAAAAAGAUUGAGGGCCAUGUGUUCAAAUACAGUAUUCGAACAGGGCUGAAUUCCAACUUGCCUUGAGGUGUGUAUGUAAUUCAGACUUUCACGUACUGUAAGCCAUGCUUUGUUGUCAAUGUUACACCUCAAUCUGAGUUACACAUAAAGAUCUCAAGUUAGUCGGCUAAGGAGUCAGUGUGAGCUAAUUUCUGUUUGUGAAUGUUGUGUAGAUUUCAUUUUGCUUGGUUCCAGGUCGGUCUGUGCUGUCUUGGCAACCACUAUGGUCAUGGCCAUCGUGCCGAACACAAACCGAUCUGGGUCAACCAGGCUAGAUUGAAUGUGCUUCUGUUUUUUGCUGUGGUCCAGAACAUGUUGGAGGUAGUUGUUGUGUUUGUCUUGUAUUCUCUGCUCCAGGUGCAGAACAUGUCCCAGUCCAUUGAGGUGUUGAACCUGCGAACCCAGAGGGACUUCCAGUACGUCAUGAAGAUGGAGAAUCAGAUGAAAGGGCUCCAGACCAAGUUCAGGCAGAUAGAAGAUGACAGGAAGACCAUUAUCACCAGGAACUUCCAGGUACAGGAACAUCACAGCACUGGAAUACAUUAAAGUACAGAACAUUGUUUAUAAAUAGACCCAGGUGUUUUUUCCUGACCACGUCACCUGAGCAGAGAUUUUCCAUGAUCAUGUUAAACAUUGUGAGACACACACAUAGGGAAAUAUCCUUUUCAAACGUAGACUGCACAUACCCAUAUUUCACUUUCAGUCAGAAAAGGGGAAAGGGAAAAAGACAAAGGAGGGAAGGCAAGAGAGAGAAGAGAAGUAGAAGAGAAGGAAGAGAAGAGAAGAGAAGAGAAGAGAAGAAAGAAGGAAGAGAAGAGAAGAGAAGAGAAGAGAGAGAAGAGAGAGAGAGGCGAAGAGAGAGAGAGAGAGAGAGGAGAGGAGAGGAGAGAGAGGAGAGGAGAGGGAGAGGAGGAGGUGGGAGAGAGAGGAGAGGAGAGGAGAGGAGCGAGGAGGCGAGAGGAGAGAGGAGGAGGAGAGGAGGAAGGAGCAGGAGAAGGAGAGAGGGGAGGGGAAAAGGAGGGAAGAGAAGGAAGAGAAGAGAAGAGAAGAGAAGAGAAGAAGAAGAAGAGAAGAGAAGAGAACGAGAAGAGAAGAGAAGAGAAGGGAAGAGAGUGAGAAGGGCAGAGAGUCUGAGAGGAGAUUGCAGGGAUGGAUAUGAGAGGAUAGGCCUCUUAUCUUCUCUUCUCUUCUAGUCUCUUCUCUUCUCUUCUAUUAUAUUUUAUCGAGCUUCUUCGAUAUUCUCUGAUCUUUUACCAUUAUGGCCUUUUCUCACCUCUCAGAUGGUGUUUUAAGUGUGUCUUAAGUGGUUUCUAUCUCUCCUCUGGGCUAUCUCUUAAUCCAGGCCAUCUUUGGGGUUUUCCCCCCCUCGUCUCUGUCACUGUCACUAUCCUGUGCUGUCUCGGUCCUGGCUCUGUGCCUGUCUCUGUCUCUGUCCCUCGUUCCUCUGUCCUUCCACUGUCUCUGUCUCUGUCUCUGUCUCUGUCUCUGUCUCUGUCUCGUUGCCUGUCUCUGACCAUGUCUAGUUCUAUGUCUCUGUCUCUGUCUCUGUCUCUGUCUCUGUCUCUGUCUCUGUCUCUGUCUCUGUCUCUGUCUCUCUCUCUGUCUCUGUCUCUGUGCCUGUCUCUGUCUCUGUGCCUGUCUCUGCUUCAGGAGCUGAAGAACAAGAUGGAUGAGCUGCAGCCUCUGAUCCCUGUGUUGGAGCAGUACAAGACAGACGCCCAGCUCAUCUCCUCGUUUAAAGAGGAGAUCAGGAACCUGUCCAUGGUGCUCACAGCCAUUCAGGAGGAGAUGGGGGCAUACGACUAUGAUGAGCUCUACCAGAGGGUCCUCAGACUGGACAGCAGGCUGCACAACUGCAUGGGCAAGCUCAGUGAGUAGAACCAGAUCAAUACCAACUGCAUGGGCAAGCUCAGUGAGUAGAACCAGAUCAAUACCAACUGCAUGGGCAAGCUCAGUGAGUAGAACCAGAUCAAUACCAACUGCAUGGGCAAGCUCAGUGAGUAGAACCAGAUCAAUACCAACUGCAUGGGCAAGCUCAGUGAGUAGAACCAGAUCAAUACCAACUGCAUGGGCAAGCUCGGUGAGUAGAACCAGAUCAAUACCAACUGCAUGGGCAAGCUCAGUGAGUAGAACCAGAUCAAUACCAACUGCAUGGGCAAGCUCAGUGAGUAGAACCAGAUCAAUACCAACUGCAUGGGCAAGCUCAGUGAGUAGAACCAGAUCAAUACCAACUGCAUGGGCAAGCUCAGUGAGUAGAACCAGAUCAAUACCAACUGCAUGGGAAAGCUCAGUGAGUAGAACCAGAUCAAUACCAACUGCAUGGGCAAGCUCAGUGAGUAGAACCAGAUCAAUAUCAACUGCAUGGGCAAACUUAAGAUCAGUUGUGUAAUAUUGUCUCUACAAUAACUGUACAUAGAGAAACUCAAGAAUAACUCACAUAAACCGUGUUGAAUUCCACUGGGAAUGGAGACAUGAACUGUGUUGAAUUCCACUGGGAAUGGAGACAUGAACUGUGUUGAAUUCCACUGGGAAUGAGAGACACACUCAGAAAUUAGAUGUUUGUAUGAGAUCAGUUGAACUCGCUGUAUAUAUAUUCUACUGUAUUACUCUACCUCAUCUUAAUAAUGAGAAAAGUGAUAAAAUGAUCUGAUUUAUAAACAAAGUAAUGGCAUAAUGGAGAUUGAGUAUCUAGAUGUACUGUAAAUGUAAUAUUGUGCAAAUUAAAUAAGUAAUUGAGCGCUAAGCAUGGAUAAUAUGAUAUCAUCUUUCAUCACUGACGUUUUGCUACAAAGCCCAUACUGAGGCAAAGUUGCAUGGUAGUAUCCACAAACAAGAAAAUUGUAAUGUAGUAUCCACAAACAAGAAAAUGGUAAUGUAGUAUCCACAAACAAGAAAACUACCCUGUCUUUAUCUGUAAGAAUUGUGAAUAACAUACUAGUUGGAACCUCAAACGCAUUACUGUGUGUUUUCAUACUGUAUUAUAUAAAUGUGUUUUCAUACUGUAUUAUAUAAAUGUUUGUUUUCAGACUGUAUUAUGUAAAUGUGUUUUCAUACUGUAUUAUAUAAAUGUUUGUUCUCAUACUAUAUUAUGUAAAUGUGUGUUUUCAUAUUGUAUUAUGUACAUGUUUGUUUUCAUACUGUAUUAUGUAAAUGUUUGUUUUCAUACUGUAUUGUGUAAAUGUUUGUUUUCAUACUGUAUUGUGUAAAUGUGUGUUUUCAUACUGUAUUACGUAUGACUGCCUUAUGCCUAGAGCUUAGAGUGUACUUCUCAGGCAGCCUGGUUUUAAUAUGCACAGUGUUGUUCAGUGAACUCUUCAGUGGUGCAGGCAUGAAAAUGGCUUGAGAAAUCUAGUAAGAAGAGGAGGAAAAAGCAGUACAUCUUAUCACUGCAUUUCUUUAUUAACAGCAUGCGGAAAAUUAAUGAAAAUCACUGGACCUGUAACAAUAAAGACAUCUGGCACCCGGUUUGGAGCAUGGUUGACUGAUCCACAGGCCUCUCAGAGAAACAACAGGGUGAGUUAUGGGAUGGGAGUGGAGGAGGUGGGUGGGUGGGUGUCUGUGUUUGUGAUAGCUCUGCCUGGGGGGGGGGGGGGUUCGGACUUGUAGGGAAGGAUUUAUAACAAUAAUCAAAGAUUGUCAUGACCUAGUAUCAUGGUGUUGGUUUUCUCAUGGGGGUUUCUGAGAUGGGGAUGUUCAAUAGCUUUUCUGAUGCAGAGUAUAAUUUCCUUUGAUUUAUAAGGCCUUGUGAAGUGGUUUAUAUAUUAGAUUUAUAAGGCCAUGUGAAGUGGUUCAUAUAUUAGAUUUACAAGGCCUUGUGAAAUGGUUCAUUCAGUGCAUUCGGAAAGUAUUCAGACCCCUUGACUUUUUCCACAUUUUGUUACAUUACAGCCUUAUUCUAAAAUUGAUUAAAUUAUUUUUUUCCCUCGUCAAUCUACACACAAUACCCCAUAAUGACAAAGCAAAAACUGGUUUUUAGAAAUGUUUGCAAAUGUAUUAAAAUAAAAAACUGAAACAACCAUUAACAUAAGUAUUCAGACCCUUUACUCAGUACUUUGUUGAAGCAUAUUUGGCAGCGAUUACAGCCUAGAGUCUUCUUGGGUAUGACGCUACAUGCUUGGCACACCUGUGUUUGGGGAAUUUCUCCCAUUCUUCUCUGCAGAUCCUCUCAAGGUCUGUCAGGUUGGAUGGGGAGCGUUGCUGCACAGCUAUUUUCAGGUCUAUCCAGAGAUGUUAGAUCGGAUUCAAGUCCGGGCUCUGGCUGGGCCACUCAAGGACAUUCAGAGACUUGUCCUGAAGCCACUCCUGCGUUGUCUUGACUGUGUGCUUAGGGUCGUUGUCCAGUUGGAAGGUGAACCUUCGCUCCAGUCUGAGGUCCUGAGCGCUCUGGAGCAGGUUUUCAUCAAGGAUCUCUGUUGCUCCAUUCAUUUUUGCCUCAAUCCUGACUAGUAUCCCAGUCCCUGCAGCUGAAAAACCUCCCCACAGCAUGAUGCUGCCACCACCAUGCUUCACUGUAGGGAUGCUGCCAUGUUUCCUCCAGACGUGACGCUUGGCAUUCAGGCCAAAUAGUUCAAUCUUGGUUUCAUCAGACCAGGGAAUCUUGUUUCUUAUGGUCUGAGUCCUUUAGGUGCCUUUUGACAAACUCCACGUGGGCUGUCAUGUGCCUUUUACUGAGGAGUGGCUUCCGUCUGGCCACUCUACCAUAAAGGCCUGAUUGGUGGAGUGCUGCAGAGAUGGUUGUCCUUCUGGAAGGUUCUCCCAUCUCCACAGAGGAACUCUGGAGCUCUAUCAGAGUGACCAUCGGGUUCUUGGUCACCUCCCAUUUGCAAACAUUUCUACAAACCUGUUUUCGCUUCAUCAUUAUGGGAUAUUGUGUGUAGUUUGAUUAAAAAAAUAAUAAUAUUUAAUCCAUUUUAAAAUAAGGCUGUAACGUAACUAAAAUUCAAGGGGUCUGAAUACUUUCCGAAUGUACUGUAUAUUAGAUUUAUAAGGCCUUGUGAAGUGGUUUAUAUAUUAGAUUUACAAGGCCUUGUGAAGUGGUUCAUAUAUUAGAUUUAUAAGUCCUUGUGAAGUGGUUCUUAUAUUAGAUUUAUAAGUCCUUGUGAAGUGGUUUAUAUAUUAGAUUUACAAGGCCUUGUGAAGUGGUUCAUAUAAAGUGCUUCCAGAAAGUCUUAACACCCCUUUACUUUUUCCACAUUUUGUUGUGUUACAAAGUGGGAUUCAAAUGGAUUUCAUUUGUAAUUUUUUGUCAACAAUCUACACAAAAUACUCUGUAAUGUCAAACUGGAAGAAAAAUUCUAACAUGUCAAUACUUGUUAGAAUCUCUUUUGGCUGUGAUUUCUGGGUAAGUCUCUUAUAGCUUUGCACACCUGGGUUGUACAUUAUUUGCUCAUUUUUCUUCAAGCUCUGUCAUGUUGGUUGUUGACCAAACGUUGGUGUUUUUUUUUACCCAAUAAAUUACUGAGAGUUUAUGCAUAGAAUGUGUGACUCUCUUUAUUUGUUUUUAGACCAUUGACAGACAGCCAUUUUCAAGUCUUGCCAUACAUUUUCAAGCCGAUUUAAGUCAAAACUGUAACUAGGCCACUCAAGAACAUUCAAUGUCAUCUUGUCAAGCAACUCCAGUGUAUAUUUGCCCUCAUGUUUUAGGUUAUUGUCCUGCUGAAAGGUGAAUUUAUCUCCCAGUGUCUGGUGGAAAGCAGAAUGAACCAGGUUUUCCUCUAGGAUUCUGCCUGUGCUUAGCUCUAUUCCGUUUCUUUUUAUCCUGAACAACUCCCUAGUCCUUGCUAAUGACAAGCAUACCCAUAACAUGAUGCAGCCACCACCAUGCCUGAAAAUAUGAGGAGUGGUACUCAGUGAUGUGUGGUGUUGGAUUUGCGCCAAACAUAACGCUUUAUAUUCAUGGCAGAAAGUUAAUUUAUUUGCCCCAUUUUGUGCAGUAUUACUUUAGUGCCUUUUUGCAAACAGGAUACAUGUUUCGGAAUAUUUCUAUUAUGUACAGGCUUCCUUCUUUUCACUCUGUCAUUUAGGUUAGUAUUGUGGAGUAACUACGAUGUCGUUGAUCCCAUCCUCAGUUAUCUCACAGCCAUUAAACUCUGUAACUGUUUUAAAAUCACCAUUGGCCUCAUGGUGAAAUCCCUGAACGGUUAGGAAGGACGCCUGUAUUUUUGUAGUGACUGGGUGUAUUCAUACACCAUUCAAGGUGUAAUUAAUAACUUCACCAUGCUCAAAGGGAUAUUCAAUGUCUGCUUUUCUUUUUUUUAUGUACAGUGCCGUGAAAAAGUAUUUGCCCCCUAUAUUUUUGCAUGUUUUUGAUACUGAAUGUUAUCAGAUCUUCAACCAAAACCUAAUAUUAGAUAAAGGGAACCUGAGUUUACAAAUAAUUAAAUAAAUAAAAUACUUUUUUUGUUAACAAAGUUAUGCAACAGUUAAUUGCCCCGUUAUACUCAAUAACUGGUUGUGCCACCUUUAGCUGCAAUGACUCCAACCAAAUGCUUCCUGUAGUUGUUGAUCAGUCUCUCACGUCGCUGUGGAGGAAUUUUGGCCCACUCUUGCAUGCAGAACUGCUUUAACUCAGCGACAUUUGUGGGUUUUCAAGCAUGAACUGCUCGUUUCAAGUCCUGCCACAACAUCUCAAUUGGGAUUAGGUCUGGACUUUGACUUGGCCAUUCCAAAACUUCAAAUAUGUUGCUUUUCAACCAUUUUCAUGUAGACUUGAUUGUGUGUUUUGGAUCAUUGUCUUGCUGCAUGACCCAGCUGUGCUUUAGCUUCAGCUCACAGACGGAUGUCCUGACAUUCUCCUGUAGAAUUAUCUGAUACAGAGCAGAAUUCAUGGUUCCUUCUAUUAAGGCAUGUCGUCCAGGUCCUGAGGCAGCAAAGCAUCCCCAAACCAUCACACCACCACCACCAUGCUUGACCUUUGGUGUGAGGUUCUUUCUGUGGAAUGCAAUGUUUGGUUUUCGCCAGGCAUAUUGGGACCCACCUCGUCUAAAAAGUUGACUCAAAUUUGCCAAAAAGCACCUGGAUGCACCUGGAUGAUCAUCAAGACUUUUGGAAGAAUGUUCUAUAGACAGAUGAGUCAAAGUAUAACUUUUUGGAUGACAUGGGUCCCAUUAUGCCUGACGAAAACCAAACACUGCAUUGGCCUAGUCAAAGAAUGGCCUAGUCAAAGUCCAGACCUAAUCCCAAUUGAGAUGUUGUGGCAGGACUUGAAACAAGCAGUUUAUGCUUGAAAACCCACAAAUGUUAAAGCAGUUCUGCAUGGAAGAGUGGGCCAAAAUUCCUCCACAGCGAAGUGAGAGACUGAUCAACAACUACAGGAAGCAUUUGGUUGGAGUCAUUGCAGCUAAAGGUGGCACAACCAGUUAUUGAGUGCAAGGGGGCAAUUACAUUUUCACACAGGGGCCUUGGGUGUACGUAAUUGUUGUGUUAUUUGUUCACUCAGGUUCCCUUUAUCUAACAUUCGGUUUUGGUUGAAGAUCUGAUAACAUUCAGUCCAAAAAAUAUGCAAAAGCAGAGAACAUUUGAAAGGGGGCAAACACUUUUUCACAGCCACCUAUCUACCAAUCAGUGCCCUUCUUUCCAAGGCAUUGGAAAACCUCCCUGGUCUUUGUAGUUUAAUCUGUGUUUGAAAUUCACUCUACUGGGGGACCUUACAGAUAAUUGUAUGUGUGGGGUACAGAGACGAGGUAGUCAAUAAAUCAUGUUAAGCACUAUUAUUGCACACAGAGGUAGUCCAUGCAAUGUGACUUAUUAUGGACAUUUCUCCUCCUUACUUAUUGACGCUUGCCAUGACAAAAGGGUUGAAUACUUAUUGACUCAAGACAUUUCAGCUUUUCAUUUUUUAUUAAUUUGUAAACAUUUCUAAAAACAUAAUUCCACUUUGACAUUAUGGGGUAUUGUCUGUAGAUCAGUGAUACAAAAUCUCAAUUUAAUCAAUUUCAAAUUCAGGCUGUAACACAACACAAUGUGGAAAAAGUAAAGGGGUGUGAAUGCUUUCUGAAGGCACUGUAUUAGAUUUAGAAGGCCUUGUGAAGUGGUUUAUAUAUUAUAUUCAUAAGGCCUUGUGAAGUGGUUCAUGUAUUAGAUUUAUAAGGCCUUGUGAAGUGGUUCAUAUAUAUUCAUCAGGGAGAUGGAGAAAAAAAGUUACCUUUUCGUAAAGAUAUUUUAAUGUACGUUGCAUGGUAACUCAGUCAGUGUUCAGUCUAAUACGUAUCAGCUUGUGGUUUCCACUAAUUCCUGCUAUUUAUCUUUCUUUGAUAUAGGUCUGGUACAUGGACAGCUACACCAACAGUAAGAUCGUACGUGAGUACAAGACCAUGGACGACUUUGUAGCUAAUGUGGUGUCUCGAACCUACAACCUCCCAUUUAAAUGGGAGGGAACCGGCCAUGUGGUGUACAAUGGAUCCCUCUACUACAACAAGUACCAGAGCAACAUCAUCGUGAAGUACAGUUUUGAGACGGGUCGGGUGCUGGCUCAGCGGGCUCUGGAGUACGCCGGCUUCCACAACACCUACCCUUACUCCUGGGGAGGAUACUCCGACAUCGAUGUCAUGGCCGACGAACUGGGCAUGUGGGUGGUGUACGCAACCAAUCAGAACGCGGGAAAUUUCGUCAUCGCCCAGAUGGACCCGGACACCCUGGAAGUCCAGAAGACGUGGAACACGGAAUAUUCCAAACGGAACGCGGGGGAAUCCUUUAUGAUCUGCGGAACACUCUACAUCACCAACUCUCACCUGACGGGUGCCAAGGUCUACUACUCAUACUCCACCAAGACCUCCAGCUAUGAGUACACAGACAUCCCCUUCCACAACCAGUACUUCCACAUCUCCAUGCUGGACUAUAACGCCAGGGAGAGGGCGCUCUAUGGCUGGAACAAUGGACACCAGGUGCUGUUCAAUGUCACUCUGUUCCACGUCAUCAAAACCCAAGACGACUCCUAG